AUGGAACUCAACCGAGAACAUUUUCGUGCCAUAAUGUAUUACAACUUUCAGAGACAAUUAUCGCAACAAGAAUGCCUUGCUGAGUUACUGUCUGUUUUCGGCAACGAAGCGCCACAUCAGUCGACAAUUUCCCGUUGGUAUGGAGAAUUCAAACGUGGACGGGUGAGUCUUAGUGACGAUCCCAGGGUGGGUGCCCCAAAAUCAGCAGUCACCCAGGAAAACUUGGUAUCAAAAACGCUUGACCGUUUCAAUUCCGGAAACAGCAUUGUUAGUGGUGAUGAAUCGUGGAUUUACUGUUAUGAACCAGAAAAUAAACGACACUCGGCUGUUUGGGUGUGCCAAGGUGAAGAAAAGCCAAAAGUCAUCCGUUCUCGAAGUGUUUCGAAAAGAUGGUCGCGACAUUUUGUGUCAAUAGCGGGUCAUAUUGCGACAAUUCCUCUUAAUGAACAAAGAACUGUUACUGCGGAUUGGUAUACCCCAUUUGUUUGCCAAAAAAUCAUCCUCCACCAAGACAAUGCAAGCUCGCACACAGCCCAAAAAACAAGGCAGUAUUUAACGGAAGAAAACGUGGAAUUAUUGGACCAUAGUCCAUAUAAGGAAGCAGUUGACGCAUUCAAAAAUGCCGUUUUGGAUCUGCCAGCAAACGAGUGGAAUAAGUGCUUCGAAAAUUGGUACGAGCGCAUGCAGAUGUGUAUUAAUCUUCGUGAGAAUACUUCGAAAAACAAUAAAGUAAGUUGA